AUGGCCCUGCAGCCUUACCAGGACGAGGAUUUGAAUUAUUUCAAAUUUUCUUCCCUUGUGCUCAAAGAAUUCCCAAAAGCCUUGAGACAGACGUUUAAGACGAUGUGGGACAAUACCCAUGGACGUCAUCCUGGUUUUCAGGAAUGGGAUGAUUCUUCUACCGUGAGAAAUUUGUUUGGCACUGCAGAAGGUGGCAGAACCAAAGUUCCUGUCCAUCAGUCAUAUCACGAAUGGGAUUGCACUGCUUUGUUCCAGGCCACUAUCUACUCGCGAGUGUUCGCCGUACAUCACGGAACGCUAAAUGACGUGUAUGUUAAGCCUCGUGGACUAUCACAUGGCCAUUUUCAUCCGUCCGUAGUGAGCAUGAGUGGAAACAAUGAGGAAACUCAGGCAUUAGCAAUAGAUCAGUUGCGCCUUUUGAGGAAUUCCCUUUGUCACUCGACCAGUUCCAAGAUAACCAAGGUAACCUUUGACCAGUACGUGAAACACGCCAAGGACGCGUUCCAAGCGCUGAAUGUCUCUACAGCUCCAAUUGAUGCUGUUGGUAGUUUAUCAGAGUCAGACUUUCCAAUAAAUGAAGUCCGCAGACUUGAGCAGGCUAUCAAAGAAGAAUAUAAAUCGUAUAUAAGGUUUCUUGAAAGUGUGAAGGAAAAAAUGGAAAGCGAUAUUGCAGACAAAGAAGACGUCGGUAUGUUGUCGCGAAAAAUGGAUGAGCUGAAGGCCACGGUGCAAGCUGAGGUUGCUACUCUAUUUACGUCACGUAAGUCUAAGUGAACAUCAUUAAAUAAAAACCCAAUGAUAAUAUAAAUAAGCGUUAAAUUCCAAACUACCGCCUUCUUAAAACCACUGAUGUUUUUCUAUAUCGGAGUUAGAUCGCUUUAUAAAAAGUGAAAGACAUUUAUAGUUGUAGCGCAAAUAAGUUCAAGGUGGGCAGUUGAAUCGUCCAACUCGCGUCAAACUCCUGCGAUUAAAGAAACUGAAAAAACACGAAGACUUUAGUUCCUCGGAUGGUAAAAUAACGGCACGCAAUGCAAGCUUCACACGGUUGCUGCAGCAUAUGAAGCCCUUGACUGAAAGCUGAUGCAUUACAUGUAUUCCGUCAGCUUAUAAUGUUGUCGCCACUCAUUAAGGCAAAAAUGAGUUGAUGAGGGAGAAUGCAACAACAGGGCUCUAACCAUGGACCCUGGCUCCAUCCAUUGCUUGUUUCCUCCUCCAGUCUCAACUUUACAACAUCCUGCGGCUUUGUCUGAAACAUACAUGCUGCUUUUUUCCCACACUCUUUCAACUCCAUUUCAAGGUGUGCGUCUAGAAGAUGGUUAAAGCAUGCCCAAUCAUAGCCUCCCACGCAGGCGUUUUUAGGGGAGCUCGUUUUUCAUCUCUCCCCACAAAAGCCUGCUCAGCCGGAAACAACAUUCCUUUCCAAUUUUAUUUGCGUGGUAAGUGACCAAUAAACAGUUGUGCAAUAAAGUGUUGACAGGCUAAACGCGACUAAAACGUGACCCUACAGUUCCCGGGGGCGGGGGCACUUUAGGAAUUUCUGGGUGGGGAUGUGUCGCUGGGACCCUGGAACCCUUAACCUAUACCAGAGCUAGUUCAGCUGAAUUUUGCUACCCUAUACUAGAGUAAACUCCCCAAAUCCCCCUAUCCUAGAGUAGCUGUUUACCUAGUCUAGAUAAAAUCUUCAACCAACUGAUCAGAUUCCUGAAAAAUAAUACCCUAUUCUAGACCCAAGCGCGCUGAUUUAUAUACCCUAUCCUAGAGAAAACUGCUUGAAAACCAUACCCUUCACAGCGGCACAUACCUGUAUAGCCCAUAUAUGGCAGUACCUCCCCCGGGCUACAGUUACCGUUUUCCUUCUUUUCUUUCCUUCGUUAGGGCUAUGAAGUGCAUGGAGUAUUCUAAAAUUUGAUGAAAUCUUAUUUUUGCCGCUCUGAAUCUAACAUUUAUUGGAUUUUAGGAAGUUUUCCCAGUGUUUCAUGCAGAUCGAGUAAUUUUCAGAUUACCUUGCGGUCAAGGCCAACUUUCCAGAAUUUGGAAAGUACAAUGUGAUUGGCUAAGCAUGGGAAAGGAAUGUUGUCUUCGGUUGAGCAGGCGUUUGUGGGGAGGAAUGAAAACCGAGCUCCCCUAAAAACGCAUGCGUGGGAGGCUAGCCCAAUCAAGGAAGUUUUGGCACUGAUAUAUCAUGAUGUCAUAGAUGAUGUUCUAUUCUUACCUCCCUGAUUAAAAAGACAACCUGGUUAACUAAUGAUCUCUCAUGAGAUCCUUUUUUAUUUCUUUUUUAAUUUUCCUACCUCGAUGUGAGCCUGUCGAAGCCUGGUGGUAUGAGUAAUGAGUAGCAAUCAAUCUGACAACCCGUCUAAUAGCAUAAUCGUACGUGUGCAAUGUAGCAUUAGGGUGAUACGUGAGACCUUCUGUAGAUCGAUAUAUAGUCAGAGAGGCACAGCAUGAGCCUAUUCAUCCCAUAAAUGUGGUAUUUACUGCGCUUCACUGUACCUACUUUUGUAUCUUCAGGCAACUGCAAUCAAAAUUCAUGCUAAUUAUCGUGGAAUUUGUGACAUGUUUAGAUUUCCAGAUGUGCCGAGGCGCCUCAUUUUACAUUUGAAUUCCCUUUUUACAUGUUUUUAUUCAGUAAACUAAGUUUAGUUCUCAUUAUUAACAGCUCGUCUUCGUCUGCUGAUUGAUUGUGCGGAAAUCAAAGGACUUUGUCCUCAGGGAGGAGCUACAGGGGGGAUAGUAACUCAACAGGAAGCACAGACAGUGCAAAAAGAGGAGUCUUCAAAGGCACAAGCACCUGAUGGACCCCAAGGAGUGGUCGAAGGAAUAGCAGCUGCAGGUUUAGAUCAAGAAAGUGUCAGGAGAGGAGCUGUUCCUUCUUCGCAGGAAGUUUUAAAUUCAAUUGCGACAAAGUACUUACAGGAACUCAACCCUUCGACACCUGAGGAGUUUAAUAAAUUUAUUCAGUACAUGAAGGAGGUGCGUAAAGUUAUUGUUGUGGAUGUUCAAAGUGGAAGUUUAAUACUCAUACUGGAAUGUAGCUCUCUUCAGAUCCUUGACGAACUCUGGGAAGACUAUUGCACAGGUCACUUAAAUGAAGUGGCACAAAAAUUCCUUGUAACAGAAGAAAUUCUCAAGGAAUUUGGCCUAGCUGAAGUAAAACUCACAACAACUAUUAACGAAGAGGAAUACAAAGCUUGUCGUGAGCUUUUAUUGAAUUCUUCAAGUAAGUAUUAAGUGCUUAAUCACAAAUCCUAAAUACACCUACUGGUGUUUAGCAAAACACGGCCUGGAUUUCGACAUACCAAUCUGGUAAGUACCCUGGGUGUGACGCAGUGCGACCCCCCCUUUGAAAAAUUCUAGGUACGCCCCUGAGUUAACAUAUGCGAAACUACGGCUCGCCACGAUGCCCUACGUAUUCGGGAAACGUGUACGGCGAGAAAAUAAGUUUAAUUAGCAAAUCACCAAAUUUGCAUGUGCAUCUUACUUUUUUUCCCCCAUUUUUUUGCCAUCGUGCACGACCUCGACGUGAAAAUUCCUAAUUUCAUGUUUUAUGGGGGACGUAUCGUAAACAAACAAUGAUGAGCUCUUUUCCCCAGGGCGUAAGAGGUUAGGGCGUUGAAACGAGCGGGAUCGAGCGAUCUAGCUGUGAUGCAAGCGUCUGGGUACUAUCAAAGAGACAAAACAAGAUGGCGGACAUUAUAUUGGACUGUCAGAGAGAUUAUCCAGCGAAAGUUAGCCAUUAUCCCGUGGCAUUCAUUUGCUGCAAGCAAUAGCGAAGGAAAAAUUAUUUUUUCUCAUGUUUGUUUUCUGUUUUGUUCAAUUUUUCCCCCGCGAACAAAUAUCUGUAUUGAAAAUAGUUCCACCUCCGUGACCUGUAUGAAAAUUUCGUAACUUGGUAAGAAAAUGACAUCACAACUCAGAUGAUAGCACUGACAUCAUUUUUAGACUAAUAUUAUCGGUUCCCUACUUCAGUUUAACACCAAGUUGUGUAAUUCAUCAUCUGCUAUGGCAUUUUUUUUUUUUGCUGCCCAGUUUCAAGGCCAGAUGAUCUGUUUUCACUAUUACAGUUUGGAUUUGUUGGUGUACAUCAGUAUUGUUCUCUAAACACCUUAUUGAGCUAUCUCCAAUAUUGAGCAUUACAGUUGGACAGAUUGUGAAAACUAAAGUCCGGGUAAAUUUAAAAUUUAAUAAAAUCAUCAUGUUUUAUCUUGGACACUAAUACUACUGUGCAAUGAAGAAUAAGGAUGAGAAGAAAAAUAUAAUUCACUACCCUUGAAAAACUAACAAAGAGGUCGCAAGAACACAAAUAAGUAGCCCAGUAAAUAUUUUUGUUUGAUAAUAACAGCUUUUUGUAAUGAAAUGGUCACUGAAAACUAUCCAUGCAAGAUAUACUAAGGAACUUAAAAGAAACUAAACAUUCACUAGUCUUACAUUGAAACCAGACAUUGCUAUAUAUUUAUCUUACAUUACAAAUUCAAAAGUAUAUUGCAAACACGAAAAUUAUACAGAAUUGUGCACAAAUGAAAUACAAAUGGCCUGUAACAGCUAUUAAACCAUUGAAACACAAACUUUUUAGUGUGGCCAGCAACCCCAGCACACUUGUAUACUUCAUGUCCAGUAUGAUUAAAUUUCAUUCUUGGUUAAAUUUAUUAACUGCAGCAGGCUGAAUCAAACUUGAUUCAAAAAAUACUUUCCUGUUUCCUUGUCUACAAUAUGUAACGUUAAGAGAGAGGAUAUAAUGCUAGAAAUAUCAUAUAGUAGUACAAUCAAAAGAUAAGGCACCUCCAGGAAAUCGAGUUGGUCCCUACUAUUCUUCAUUCAUUUUCUUUUACUCUCUAUAAGAGUUACACCUGUCCAUUGACACAGACAUUUUGUGCCAGUCCCAAUAAUUCCCAUCUGAGAGCUGACUGGAGUUUGUGCAACACCACACUUAAGCCUCUAACGACAAAAAUACAAUGUUACACAGUCUUAAUUUAUUCUACUUGCAAUUAAAUUAAGACCUCUUCAUGUUCUUCUUCAUAUUCACGGUAUUAUGAACUCGUUUAUCUUUCAGUGUGUCUUUUCAGGCGGGGCACUCACUGUUGUCCUGCAAAAAAUCAUAAUAACAAACACAUCCUAUGAUUUAAUUUUACCGUGGAAUCUUUGUGGGGAAUUGAAAGCAAAUUUCUCCACAGGCUUUUUUCUGUUUCUGUGCAAUACAACCUUUAGAUUUAUACCGCAGUGAAGCAGAAUUUGUUGUUGUUUAUGUAAAGACUGUCACAUGCACGAGAUCAUUCGAAUGCACUUUUCUAAUAGAACUUCAAAAAUAGUCAGAACCUUCUUGGAUCGCGGUUCUGUAACUAAAAAAAUUAUUUACCAUCUUAGUGUACAUUAAAAAAAGAAAAAUCGCUAAAUUGGGCAACUGAAAUCUUUUAUUUUAGUAACAAGCUAAACGCCAACGUACAAAAGAAAAACCUUGCAUGCUAUCGCCUUUAUGAAGUCGUCACUUCAGAAGUGAAAAAAUCGUAAAGGUUAAUAAAAGUUUACUCUAAAACUUUGCAUGCACAAACAAAAUUUAUAAAACCAUUAAACAUUUUUUUUGUAGCCGUUUAUUAUCAUUUGGUUUUGACUGGCAAUAUAAAACGCGACCUUCAACCUGUAAUAUGCGAUAGGCCAUUUUGACACUACAUAAACAAAAAAAGGCGAAAAAACACCUUAACUUACAAGAAUUAACUUAACUUUACUUAACUUAACCUUAACUUACAAAUCUAAAGAUUUAAAGCAAUAAAUCCGAACCUACCUUCAGCUAAACGGCGCCAUUUUUCUUGCCCUGACAGCGGAUCGAUAGCUGAAAGGCCAACUAGUUCCAGUCCUACUCCGCAUCACAGCUGAACCAGAGAGCGCGUUUUUGCGUUUCGACGCCCUAACUUCUUAUGCCCUGCUUUUCCCUGUCCUAACUCGGAUAUGAGUUCGCCUACAUUAGACAAAGAACCGACUUGCAAUAAUCACAAAUAAUUUAAAAAGAAUGCGAAUUCACGUUUUAUAAAAAAGUGGCGAUUUGGCUGCUGUCGUAGUCUUCACUUUAGGCAUUGACGCGUGGUCGGAAAAAAAACUACUUCCGGUCACCGUGCUGUCCUUACUAGACUUAUCUGUAGUCCUUCUUAAAAGUCGAUCAUCACUAAACACUAAUAUCUAAUUAUAUAUUUUUUUAAAUGAUAUCGCCUGCAUUCCUAUUCAAUGGUUCUACUGGUUUCUUUUGGUCUUUAUUCAGUUAAAUAAAAUAUGUAUUUCCUCUUUUUCUGGUGCUGUAGAGAAUCAAUCUAGUGUUGCUGAUAACCUUUAUCAACUUGGAACCAAGAAACGUGAGCAACAAGAUAUCAAAUCAUUCCACAAAUUCGACCAGCGUUCGCCGGGCAUACUUAAAAAACUAUUUGGGGAAGAACUCCAAAGUACUGCUGACUGGUACUACGACGUGGGGAUAACACAGCAUCACCUUGGUGAUUUUAAAGCAGCUCUGCAGUCAGAACAGCGUGCACUGGAAAUACGAGUUAAACUGUUUGGAGAAGAACACCAAAGUACUGCUAACUGUUACCAGUCACUGGGGGUAACACAGUAUGAACUAGGUGAUUUUAAAGCAGCUCUUCAAUCACACCAGCGUGCACUUGGCAUACGUGUUAAACUGUUUGGAGAAGAACACCAAAGUACUGCUGACUGUUACUACUCACUGGGGCUAACACAGCAUGAACUAGGUGAUUCCAAAGAGGCUCUGCAGUCAGAACGGCGUGCACUGAAAAUACGUAUUAAACUGUUUGGAGAAGAACACCAAAGUACUGCUGACUGUUACUACGCACUGGGGAUAACGCAGCUGAAACUGGGUGAUUUCAAAGCAGCUCUUCAAUCUUAUCAGCGUGCGCUGGACAUACGUAUCAAACUGUGUGGAGAAGAACACCAAAGUACUGCUGACUGUUACCACUCACUCGGGUUAACACAGCAUAACCUUGGUGAUUUUAAAGCAGCUCUGCAGUCAAAACAGCUUGCGCUGGAAAUGUGUAUUAAACUGUUUGGAGAAGAACACCAAAGUACUAAUGACUGUUACUACUCAUUGGGGAUAACACAGCACGAACUAGGUGAUUUCAAAGCAGCUCUUCAUUCGUUUCAGCACGCGCUGGACAUACGUAUUAAACUGUUUGGAGAAGAACACCAAAGUACUGAUGACUGUCACUACUCACUGGGGAUAACACAGCGCGAACUAGGUGAUUUCAAAGCAGCACUUCAAUCUCACCAGCGUGCGCUGGACAUACGUAUUAAACUGUUUGGAGAAGAACACCAAAGUACUGCUGACUGUUACUACUCACUGGGGAUAACACAGCAUGAACUAGGUGAUUUCAAAGCAACUCUUCAAUCUCAUCAGCGUGCGCUGGACAUACGUAUUAAACUGAAUGGAGAAGAACACCAAAGUACUGCUGACUGUUGCUACUCACUGGGGAUAACGCUGCAUGAACUAGGUGAUUUCAAAGCAGCCCUUCAAUCUCACCAGCGUGCGCUCGGCACACGUAUUAAACUGUUUGGAGAAGAUCACCGAAGUACUGCUGACUGUUACUACUUACUGGGGGUAACACAGCAUGAACUAGGUGAUUUUAAAGCAGCACUUCAAUCUCACCAGCGUGCACAGGAAAUACGUUUUAAACUGUUUGGAGAAGAACACCAAAGUACUGCUGACUGUUACUACUCACUGGGGAUAACACAGCACGAACUAAAUGAUUUCAAAGCAGCUCUGCAGUCAAAACAGUCUGCACUGGAAAUACGUAUUAAACUGUUUGGAGAAGAACACCAAAGUACUGCCAACUGUUACUACUCACUGGGGAUGACGCUUCAUGAACUAAAAGAUUUCAAAGCAGCUCUCCAAUCGUUCCAGCACGCGCUUGACAUACGUAUCCAACUGUUUGGAGAAGAACACCAAAGUACUGCCGACUGUUACUACUCACUGGGGAUAACACAGCAUGAACUAGGUGAUUUCAAAGCGGCUCUGCAGUCAAAACAGCGUGCGUUGGAAAUAAGUAUUAAACUGUUUGGAGAGGAACACAAAAGUACUGCUGACUGUUACCACUCACUGGGGAUAACACAGCAUGAACUAGGUGAUUUCAAAGCAGCUCUGCAGUCAAAACAUCGUGCGUUGGAAAUACGUAUUAAACUGUUUGGAGAGGAACACAAACGUACUGCUGACUGUUACUACUCACUUGGGGUAACUCAGCAUAAGAUGGGUGAUUUCAAUGCCGCGGUUCAAUCUUCACGGCGUGCUCUUAAUAUACGUAUUAAACUGUUUGGAGAAGAACACCAAAGUACUGCUGACUGUUAUCGCUCACUGGGAAAAGCACAGCACGGACUAGGUGAUUACAAGGCAGCUGCUCAGUCAACAGAGCGUUGGCAGGACAUACGUAAUAAACUGCGCGGAGAAGAAAACCAAAGUACUGCCUCCUGA